AUGGAUAGAAUAUUUUAUAAGACAACUUUACGAGAUCCGAUAACAAAUUAUCCAAUUUAUAUAUUUGAUACUUCUUAUUUACCAUCACCAGAAGAUAUAAAUUAUGAUGAAUUUAUAAUAACAUUAAUGAACAUUUUACCACUCAAACCAUAUAUUUUAAUAAUUUUCAGUUGCGGAUUAAAUAAAUUAAGUUGGAUAUGGGGUUUAAAAUUCUUUAAAAACUUUUUAGACUCAAAUAAUAAUGAUAUUACCAAUUUGAUUAAGAUUUUCAUUAUACAUGAUUCUUGGUUUCUUAAAAGUUUAACGUCGAUAAUUCAUAAUUUUAACUCCACGAAAAAGAAUUUAGAACAUAUAAAUAAAUUAUUGGAUACAUUUACUAUUAAUCCUAUAGGUGCCCAUAAUUCCGACCAUUUUCAAACUAUUGUAAUUCAUUGCAAGACAUUAAGUGAAUUAAGUAAUUAUUUAGAUUUGACAAAUUUGAAAAUAUCAUUAAAUAUUUAUAAAUAUAAUUUACAAUUUGAGAGGGAGAUUAAGCUAUCAAUGACGGUUUUGCCUAUUAUUAACCCCACAGUCAAAUUAAAUCAAUACGAAUUUCCAAUUUUAUAUCAUCAUUUAUACCAAUUAUUUAAUAUAAUGAAUGAAAAUUGCACAAGAGUGGAAAUGUUAUUUUACAAACCGGGAAAUAAAGUGAAUACGGACCUAUUAUAUCAAUGUAUUUUAAGAAAUCAAUUGAUCUGGAUAAAUGAUUGGGAUUUAUAUAGUAUAUCAACUACAUUCAAGAAGAUACUAAUGGAGUUGCCAUAUUCAUUGAUAAAUACUGAGGUAAUAGAAUUACCAAUCGAAGAUACUAUAGAUUAUUCAAAAAGGAUAUUUAUGAAAAAUAUUGAGUUUUUAAGGUCUAAGAAGGAAACUGAGAACUAUGAUCAAUUAUUGUUACAAUUCUUCACCAUGUUGAAUAAGAUUUAUAUAAAUCAACAUAUUACAAAACAUACAUCAGUCACAUUAUCUAAAUGCCUAUCACAUUGUUUGAGUCAUGAAAUUAUAUCAAAUAAAAAUUCAAGUCAAAUUCAAAUUGUAAGUAGAUUCAUAAAAGGUGCAAUUGAGAAUUGGAAUGAAAUAAGUAGAAGUUAUAAGAUUGUAUCAAUUCAAGACUCUAUUAAUGGUAGAGGUUACAAUAAUGGCAACAAAAGCAGAGUUGAAAAUUUUGAUACUUCAUACGAUAUAAAUUACGAUUUAACAAUUGAGGAAGACGAUGAUGAAGAAAGAGUAAAGAUCAAUACAACAAACAUACUACAGAGUAAUAAUUAUUUGAAACACACCAAACCAAAGGACAACAAUGAGAAUCAAGAAACAAAGACUAUCAAACCAAGUAUACAAUCAAGUGAGUCAAAAACAACCAAAUCUAAUACUGAAGAAACAGAUAAAUCGGUAGAGAAAUCAAAGCAAGGUACAGGCUCAAAUACAAUUGUAAAAUCACGUAAGAAAACACAAUCUAUAGAUUCAACAUCCACAAAUAUAGCGAAACAACCUAAAGUUCAUAAGAAAACAUUAUCUGAUGUUUCAAAUAUUCAAAUUCAAUUCCCACCUCAAAAGUAUAAAUUUGAAGUAAGUAAUGAAAAGAAACCAAAUAAAUUAUCACCACUACCACCAGUUACAGUAGUUACAAAUUCUAAGAAACCAGUUAUACGAGGUAGAAAAGUUGGUCAAUUGGCAAAAUUAUUUGAAGAAAGAUGUGAAGGUAUUGAAAUUUUGAAUAAAAUGUAA